CGAAGUGAAUUCUUGGUACCCUUGGGGGCCGUUUCGCCGCGAAGUUGAAGAACGUCGACGGGGCGGCUAAAGACUGGUUAUCUUCAACUCCGAAGCAGUAGAAGAGGAUAAAAUCGCUACUCGCUAGUUCGUCAAUUUCCUUCACCGUUUCCCUUCCAGUAUAAUGAUAUGUUAUUCGUUUUCAAUUACUCUUAUAGAAUAGGUAGAAAGCAAAUCAGAUUCCAUGAGUUGAAUUAUCUAGAUAAGUUUCAGAAAGGCGGUGCUAAAUAUGAUUUUGUUGUAAAUGGCGUUGUCUAUAAAUGCUUCGACAAUUUAUGUUUACACCCUAUAGCUGUAGUAUGUAGUGAACUUGGCGCAUUUUCCUCGUUUUCCUCUUGGAGAGAUGCGAGUUUCGGUCGUUGUUUUAGAACUUACUGCAGUGAUAUUUAUGGGAGUAAUAAUGGAUUUGAUGAUGAAAAUGAAGAAUUUCGAAAAACAGAUUUGGUGGGUUCCGGGGUUUCGAGUUUCUUCGGAAAUCCUGAUGGGGAUUAUGAAAAGGAUCAGCACUUUAAGUUCGGUGAUGAUAUAGAGGGUGUAGAGUCUAAUGACGAAGAAGAGGAAGGUGUGGAUGUCGAUGAUGAUGGGGAUCUGUUGGCGUCUAAUUUGUCUAAUAGGAAUCAUGAACAAGGAAAUGAUUUCAAAAGAGUUGAAAUCGGUGAUGGUGAAUUUAGACAUCCCCUAGUGCGAGAGACUUGUAAAUUGAUCCAGCUAAGGUCCUCUUGGAAUCGGAAGCUCGAAGGCGAACUGAGGCACUUAGUAAGAAGCCUUAGUCCACCACAGGUUUGUGCUGUUUUGCUCUCUCAGGAUGAUGAAAGAAUUGCUUUGAGAUUCUUCUAUUGGGCAGAUAGACUGUGGCGGUAUAGACAUGAUUCAUCCGUGUACUCAGUAAUGCUUGAGAUACUUAGUAAGACCAAAUUAUGUCAAGGUGCUAAACGGGUUCUCCGACUUAUGACUCGUAGGGGAAUUCAGCUUUGGCCUGAAGCUUUUGGUUUUGUAAUGGUGUCAUAUAGUCGGGCAGGAAGAUUAAGAGAUGCAAUGAAGGUCUUGACCUUGAUGCAGAAAGCAGGAGUUGAACCUAGUUUGUCGAUUUGUAACACUGCAAUCCAUAUUUUGGUCGUGGGAAACAAGUUAGAGAAGGCAUUGAGGUUUGCAGAACGGAUGGUUCUUAUUGGCAUUGCACCAAAUGUUGUGACCUAUAACUGUUUGAUCAAGGGCCACUGUAACGUGCAUCAGGUUGAGCAAGCCAUGGAACUGAUUGAUCAAAUGCCAUCCAAGGGAUGCUCCCCAGAUAAAGUUAGUUACUAUACCAUCAUGGGAUUUCUAUGUAGAGAUAAGAGGAUGAACGAAAUUAGAGAAUUGAUGAAGAAAAUGAAGAGGGAUGGUAACUUAUUACCAGACCAUGUUACUUACAAUUCCUUAAUUCAGAUGCUUUCAAAGCAUGGUCAUGCUGAUGAGGCUCUAGAGAUUCUAAAAGAAGCAGAAGAAUUGCGAUUUAAGGUUGAUAAGGUCGAGUAUAGUGCAAUAGUUCAUGCUUACUGUAAGGAAGGAAGGAUUAAGAAGGCAAAAGAGAUUGUUGGUGAAAUGUUCUCAAAGGGCUGUGUUCCAGAUGUUGUAACAUACACCUCUGUCCUUGAUGGGUUUUGUCGCAUUGGGAAACUUGAUCAAGCAAAAAAGAUAAUGCAGCAGAUGUACAAGCAUCAUUGCAAGCCUAAUGCUGUAACAUAUACAACAUUGCUAAAUGGUCUUUGCCGCAAUGGAAAAUCAUUAGCAGCUAGAGAGAUGAUGAAUAUGAGUGAGGAAGAGUGGUGGACACCUAAUGCUAUUACUUAUAGUGUUGUAGUUCAUGGGUUACGUCGGGAAGGGAAAUUGAGUGAAGCUUGCGAUGUAGUCAGGGAGAUGAUCGGAAAAGGUUUCUUUCCAAAUCCGGUUGAAAUUAACUUAUUAGUUCAAUCUCUUUGCCGGGAUGGGAAACCAUAUGAAGCUGAGCAGCUACUGAAGGAGUGCAUGAACAAGGGUUGUGCUGUUAAUGUAGUCAAUUUCACCACUGUCAUUCAUGGAUUUUGUCAGAAAGAUGACUUGGAAGCUGCACUGUCAUUGUUGGAUGAUAUGUACCUUUGUAACAAGCACCCUGAUACUGUGACAUACACAACAUUAAUUGAUGCACUAGGCAAGACUGGCCGUAUAGAAGAAGCUAGUGAACUUACAAUGAAGAUGCUGAGGCAAGGGUUGGUUCCUUCUCCCGUAACAUACAGGACUGUCAUCCACCAGUAUUGUCAAAUGGGUAGGGUAGAAGAUUUGUUGAUAUUAUUAAAGAAGAUGCUUCUGAAAAGCAAAUUCCGAACAGCAUAUAAUUUAGUUAUUGAGAAACUUUGUAAAUUUGGAUACCUUGAGGAGGCUGACAGCCUUUUAUGUGAGGUUUUGAGGACGGCAUCAAGAAUCGAUGCUAAAACAUGUCAUGUGCUUAUGGAGAGUUAUUUAAGUGUUGGAAUUCCUAUGUCAGCAUAUAAAGUUGCUUGCCGAAUGUUCAACAGAAAUUUACUUCCUGAUUUGAAAUUAUGUGAGAAGGUUAGCAAGAGACUUCUCAUGGAAGGAAAAUUGGAAGAGGCCGAUAGGCUUAUAUUACAAUUUGUUGAGCGUGGUUGUGUUUCGGCUCAAGAUCAAAAGUACUUGCAGGACUAAGAUUUCUUAUUUUCUAUCAUGGUUGACUUGAUAUUAAUAUAAUUUUCUAUGCUGUGAGCUGCAUAUAUCCGCUCCCGCAUUUCAGGUUCCGAUCAUUUGCUUCAUUGUCGGUUCUUUUUGAUAUUUUGUUUGCAUCAUUCUCUCAAAGGUGAAUAUUUAAAAUUGUUGGACGCAUCAGUUAUUUCGCUUGCAAUCUUGAUUGAAGAUGCCAACUGAUAUAACCACCAUGGUUGGCCCUUUUGCAAAAGGAUUAGUUGUGCACACAUUUUCGAGUUUAUGCGAGUCUUGGUAGCCAUUCCCCAGAACGUUAAUAUCCUAUGAGUUUUGACAAGCUCUAAUUACUGCAGAGCUAGGCUCUAGUCCUGUGGGAUUUAUCAAAAGUAUGUCCGAUCCAGUUUAUCCAAAUGCAACCAUGAUCAAACAACAAAUAAAGAAACAAAGAAUGAAAAGAAGAUACACGUUGCUUUAAGGAUUUCAAUAUCAAGUCGGUGUAAUAGCGGGCAUACCUUAUAUUUUUUUCCCUAGUGCCACUAUGGUUGAGUUAUAGGAAUUAAAGGGUGUUAUUGUUUUCCAAUAUCUGAGAUACACAGACUAAUGACAUAAGUUUCCAUCCUCUCAGUAUUCUAAAAUGGAAUAGGUGUUUUUGUAGUAUGGAAUUUCAUGUACAACAUCGAUUUGCAGUAAGUUGGCAGGAGGAUAAUACAGGCUGCUCAUGAUAUUUCCUUCU